GGAUGAAAUUUUUGAAUCCAAAUAAUUGAAGGGAAAACACGCGAAUACGAAUAUUACAGUCUGUAGAAAUACGUGACGGCAAGUUAACGUUGAUUUUUCUGCUCUACUCGACGUGUUAGAAUAGCCGACAAUUUCUUAACUGACAAACGCGGGGGCGGUGCGUCCUUUUUGCAUUAUUGCACGUUACGAACGUGGACCGUCGGGCCAGUCACUCGUCGUCUUUUGCCUUCAACAGAGCACUUCUCGAGUGUUUCAUUCUAUUCGUUCUUUCUUACAUCUAAUAUUUUAUCUCUUUCAUAUUGAAAAUUAAAGAGAUAUUCAAAUAUGUGGAGGAGAAAAGAAGGCUGCGUAGUACUGAUUUGGUUGUUGCGGCUCGGGGAUUUGGCUGUCAUCGCUUCUGAGGAAAAAGGUUGGCAUUUAAACCAGUCGUCAGAAGCGAGGAAAAACGAAGACGUGUGCAUGGAUAAAGACUGCGUUAUAGCAGGUUACCACUUGCUAAGCAGUAUUAACAGAAGCGUAGAUCCCUGCGAUAACUUUUACCAGUACGCCUGCGGCCGGUUUUUGAAAAACGGUAGUCCUAACAACGAACGAGUCGACGUAUUCGUCACACUGGACAAGAACGUCGGAUUCCAGAUAAGAGACAUGUUGAAAGAGAGGUCGACCCCAGGUGAGAUCGAGCCGGUCCGCCUCGCCAAGCGAUAUUACAAUCUCUGCAUGGACGAGAGAAAGAUAGAGAGAGACGGCUACGAACCGCUCCUAAAAGUGUUUAAGGAAGUCGGUGGUUGGCCGGUCCUGGAAGACGAGUGGGACGCCAACGGCUCCUGGUCAUGGCUGGACACGAUUUAUAAAUUUAGGGAAAUAGGCAUCGAUGUAAACUACCUGAUCAACCUGGAAUUCCAAACCGUGAACACUAGUUCUACAGUAUUUACCAUCACAAUCAAUCCGGCGGUAUUGGGACUCAGCCAAGAUACCCUGUUAAAAGGACUAAACGAUACCACGGUGGAAAAAUACUACAACUACAUGGUGGACGUCGCCGUCCUCCUCAACGGCAACCGGACACGAGCCCGGCAAGAGCUCCUGCACUCCUUGAAUUUCGAGAUCGAGCUAGCCAAGCUUUCCCACGAUAUAGAAAAAGUCGAAACUAAGUUCGGCAGUUUAAAGAAGGAAUUCCCGUCUAUCCCGCUGAAGGCGUACGUUUCGAAUAUUUUAAAAGAAUAUGUCUCGGAUGAAGACCGCGUUACGGUUUUCGUGCCCAAAUAUUUGAAUGGUCUGGAGAAAAUUAUGCAGACAACACCAAAGAGGGUUGUCGCGAAUUAUCUAGUUUGGCGAGCGACUCUAAUGGCGACCACUUUCCUCCCUAAACAAUUUAGGGAUCUCCACCAUGAAUUUUCUGGGGAAAAUCUCAAAGGCAGGUGGGCGGAAUGUGUCGAAUUGGUAAGCAAAAGCGCACGGCUGAUCGUCUACUACAUGUACGUACAACGGUACGUGGAUAACUCGACCAAAUGGGAGGUGGUAGAUUUGGUCGGCAGGAUGAAAAAAGAGAUCUAUUCAGGCAUCAAGGACCUCGAAUGGAUGGACGAUGAUACAAAAGAUGCAGCUUUGAAAAAAAUUGAAGACAUCCUGCCCUACAUCGGCUAUAACGAUGAUCUGUUCGAUGUGAAUAAGUUAAUCGAAUAUCAUAAACAGUGGACAAUGAAGUCAAAUGCUUCUUUUUACGAAGCGUAUCUCUCCCUUGAAGUUUUCUGGAAAGGAAAAUGGAGCAAAAAAUUCAGAACUCCUUUCCAGAGAGGGGCAUGGUAUGAGGUUGCUUAUGAAGUCAGCGCUAAUGCAUAUCACAUGAAGAACAGAAAUGUUUUCCUGAUUUGUCCACCGUUUCUUCAAGGCUUCGUUAUGACCAAAAACGUCUUCGCCUACAUGAACUACGCCACUAUCGGCUAUAUCGUCGGCCACGAGAUUUUCCAUGGACUCGACGACGUUGGAGUUAACAUAGACAACGAGGGAUUAGUUGUCGAUUGGUGGGAGGACAGCACGAUGUGCACUUUCACCGACAAAGUUCAGUGUUUCGUCGAACAAUACAACAGCUACACCGUCAAGCAGAUCAACAAGACCGUUGACGGAGAGAAAACGAAAAGUGAAAAUAUCGCGGACAACGCGGGCCUCAACUACGCCUACCGGGCAUACCUUUCUUGGGUCGGUGAACACUGCGAAGAACCCAGGCUGCCGGGAUUCAAAAAUUACACUUCUCGGCAAUUGUUCUGGAUCAGCUUUGCCAACUUCUACUGUUCGUACAACAGAAAAAGGGAACUGGCAUGGGAUUUAAUGAACGAUGACCACUCGCCAGAUGAAUUCAGGGUCAUUGGUGCUUUGUCCAACCAGCCGUAUUUCUCAAGGGACUUUGGUUGUCCUCUGGGAUCGAACAUGAACCCGGAGAAGAAAUGUUUCUUGUGGUGACGAACCGAAGAAAUUGUUUUAAAACAAAACGUCAAAAUCUCUCGUCGUUUUUUAUAACCCCCAAGCUUUUUCAAUGACUUUGUGUCGGAGUGAUUAAUUAAAAACCAAGGCUGAUAACGACACAAUAUUUACUCAUAACUACCCUGUGCCUUGAACCCCACAGUUGAUUGAUGCAUUGUGAAUUUCCCUACGAAAAUAAAAUGUAUUAACCUACAA